AGUGUUUUACUUUCGGCAACCUUCAGCCUGGAUUGGCCCUAUACACGUACUUAAAUCCCCCGCGUCGAGGCCAACUUUCGGUAUUUGUACAUAAGACACAGCGUCAAACAGUGUGAGCACAACUAAACAAUAGAGCUGAUGUGAACAAAACAAGCACACACAGCUUGGGUGUUUGAGUCGUUAUUAGGAGGACUAACGUUAAAAUAUUCUGUGCUUUGCUGCAACUAUUAAAAUUUCACAGGUGAACGAAAGCCGAACUCAUGGCCGGCAAUUGCAUUUCCAGAUCUCAAAUUUUAGUGGAGUACAAAGAAGCGACUAGUACAUCCCAAUCAAGUUCGAGAAGACAACAAAGACGCGCAAAAUCGCAGCAAUUUUUGCUUCAAGUUUGGAGGAAAGUCUCUACAAAAGCUUGGAUAUCUCGGGAGUCUCCCGAAGGUGAAUGUGUCAUCAUAAACGAUACAAGCUCUCAAACACGACUUUUACAUGAAAUAUUGAGACAGAAGCAAAUGGUCACGUCGUACGAAGGUUAUUUGGUAAACGAGGAAGACAAUUUAGAUCCGGGCGUCAUGACGGACAACAACAGCGCAAACAGCAGAUCUCUUGAUAGUUUUCCCAUAGAAAUUGUGGAUCUUCCUAACGAGGCGAAUGGCAAGCUGGUUGAUAUACAUUUUAUAAAGGAAAGAAAUUCUACGGAUUCUGUCAACCAUCUUAAACCAGAGGACAUUGAUUGUGGUGUUUCUGUCCGGUCCGUGGGCUCAGACAAUCGUCAGUGGUCAUUUUCCUUGUACAAUUUCGAGGAUAACAGCCAUAUUUCAAAGGAGGACUUGACAAAUUUGGUGAGAUCUAUUUAUAACGCAUUGGGUAAGUCGGUCGAAAAAGCCAACAAAAAAAGCACGAACGAUCGUGUAAAGAAGGUAAAAGUACACAUAUCUGUGUCGAAAGACACGUCCACGCGUGAGACACGUGGUACAGCAAUCGUUCCGCGGAGAGAAGUCGUUAUUGGAGCCGAGCAUAUCACGGCAGAAAGCAUAGAAAAACUCCAGAGGUUCAAAAUCAAGGAAAGUGGAUCUAGUGACGAAGCUUUGACAAAUCUGAAACGUAAGAGUAGAAAAAAUACUUGCUCAACUGUUCAAUUGCUAAACAACGAUUUGAGUAGCGGCAGGUCGUAUUCGGACAAGUUAGAGCAAUGUAAAUGUUUCUCUCGUGAAGGUCAUGUAAGAUCACACAAAAAAGGGGUGAAAAAUUGUAAUGUCUUGGAGGAAAAGUCUACUUUACCUGCUCGUAUGAAAACCGAACCGGGAAGUUGUUGGGUCAGUUCAGGGCAUGAUCUCCACCAAUUGAAUGAGAAGAAACACAAAUCCUCAAGAUCACAUAGACGUCCAUGCAGACAAUUGCCGACUUCAGACAUCCACAUGCCUGCCUACUCAUCCCUCUGGGGCCGGGUAUCGCCGGUAGUCGACGACCAUGACGAUCAAACUCGUGUACACCAUUUCUCCGGUUAUCAUUUACCGGUAACCGUUAAUUUUCGAAAGGAUGUACCUUCAGAUCCGAGCUAUGCGUAUCACGCUGACGAGAAUAAGUAUUUGUACAUGCAUGCUGCACCAAGGCAACCUCCGUGUGACGAGCAACGUCACAGCCGACGUCAUAAGAACAAACAUCGUAGGGCACGUGAAAAUGGGGAUAAAGGCCUGGGAAUCUCGAUGCAUCAUGGCACUACAUCUGUUGUUCACAAACAUGAACACGUGCAUCAUCAUUAUCAUCACUAUGGGGAGAAGAGAUAAAAUUAAUUGACUUACUUGUUUUGCUGCGGCGAAACCUAUUGUCGAGCAAGUAAAGGAAAUCUGUGACUAUCGACUCUCUGGAUCAUCUCAAUUUGAGCUUGAAGCAGGAAAAAUUAGGAUUUCGCUGACUUUAUUGUCGAGCAUUGACCGACUCAUGUGUAUAAAAAUUGUCCUUGAUCUUAAACAAAAUAUACCCACCGUGCUUGGAGGAUUUCUGUAGCCUUUCCUGGCCAAAGUAGAAAGAAUGUCCCACUUUCAUACACAAACUUUAAAUGAAAGCCAUAGUAAAAAAUAUGUAAUCAUUUAAUGUAAGAAAUAAAUAAAUAUCUUUCAAACAUU